UGCUCAUUCAUUCAUUCAUUCAUUCAUUCGAAAAAAAUUUUUGCGUGCUUUCUUGAAUUCGUCACUGACCAGUUACAACCUUUUGAAUUAGAUUGUCUUUCCGCUAUUGAAACAAGUUUAUCGUAGUCUUGAGUUCUUCGUCAGACGUAUCCGUAACAGUAACACAGUUGGACAUUGCGAUAACAUGUUUUAAACGAAGUUUUAUAAACAUCAGCGUUAGUGAGAAGGCAGGAAUCAACUAAAUAUGUUUUUAAUAUAUUGUUAAACACGAUUAAGUGAGUGAAUAUUCAGUGCUUGCUUUCUAUAUUAAUUGAUAAAGCAUUACUGAUAUAACUUCUUAAACUACUCUAAUUGCCAACGUUAUCGCCUCAAAAUUGAGGCACCUUCAGUUCUCAUCAAGUGACAAGUGGAUGCCUGUGGUAGUUAUGUAGUCCUUGGAUAGCGUGCACAGUGAGCCACAAUGUGACCUACCCCUGCAUAGUUUCUCUCAGGAUUACGAAUGUCCACGACAAGAUCACGCCAGAGAGGAAGAGGGAAUAUACUCCGACCGCCUCUUGUUUAAUGUGGAUCCAUUGCAGCCAACGAUACGACAGAGGACAACUGCGCUUCGUCUGUGUGUUGCUUGCAUCGUUCUGCAUAGAUUUUGUGAAAAAAAACCUUUCCAAAUUAGUCUAAGGAUUUAUUGUGGAGGGAAUAAUAUUUUACUUGAAAGAAGACAGCAUAAUCAUCAACGAGAGAAUUCAAGUACAUCAAAUCAAAGGUGUGGAUGUGUAUGAUACCUACCUAACUGAGUGAUUCCGUAACAUUGGGAUUUUGCUGAAAAAGAUUUGAAGUUUCAACCCUCUUCGUAUUACGUGACUGCGAGCUCCCACUACCUGUUACUGGUCCUCUCGAUUUGUUUGAGAACAGAAACUGAAAUCUAAUGAGGCUGAUACAAUAUCACAGCUAGUUUUGCUCUGAUAGCGUCAUCGGUACCAUGUGAAGUACAUAUUACGACCAUGAGCUCAGUAUCUGAUGGCAGUACUGUGGUAGGCCGUGUGGGGCGACUGGGAGCUGGCCUACUUCAUUACCAGGGUGGCGAUACCAUCUCCAGGCACGGCGCAGAAGUUACAGGAGUCAAGUCACAGAGGAGAGCUGACCAUUACACGGGUACUUCAGAUGUAGAAAGACGGGGAUCCGAGCGAGAAGGACGGUCGUCAAAGCCUGAGAACAAUGGGGGCGUUAACAUUGGAAGUGGUUCCCACAGAGCAGAGGGGUAUGGUGCGGAGACACCGGGCCGAAGGAGGUCACAGAGACAGGCAGAGGACGGAUAUUCUGACUGGAGGAAUGAUGCUGGGAAAAUGAACAGACAACGGAGUGUGGAGUCUGUGGAGCUUUCGAGGGAUGAUGGGAGACGAAAGCAGUCAAAUAGAGAUACACACAGAGAAGCACAUAGAGAGACACACAGAGACACACGAAGAGACUCGAAUCUCGAACGAGAUCCAGAGAGUUCGAGUGAGUACUCCCUGAGAAAACGCGACAGCACGUUGAAUAGCGUGGAGGACGGCAGAGGGGCUUAUUUAGAAAGCGACCAUCUGUCUUCGUCCCAUAGAGACAGCUCUAGAGGGCAGUCCCGGCAGGGUGAUUCCUUGUCGAGACGCAGGCGAGGACGCGAGGAGCAGCGAGGGGAUGGUCAGAGCGAGCACCGGGAAGCAAGACAUCAAUCACGGUCUCGCGGUGACAAUCGAGAAGAUUUUGGAGAGGCUCAUUACGGGAGAAACAGCCGUGGUCAGACACGGAGAGACGAGAAAGAUAUGCACUCUCGUGAGCGACGAAGCAGCUCGUCUGUGAGGGAUGAAGAGAGAGGUGAGGUGUCUCGUGGGUAUAGACGAAAUAGACAGUCGGUUGAAGACUUUAGUCGCCUUGAGCACAGAAAUCACGACUGUGACAGACCUCGGGGCGUGGAUGAAACAAGGACAUUGCCUAGGAAUAGUGGUCAUGGCGAGCGUAGAGAACGUAGGAUAAGUCAUUCCAGCUACAGGGACGACGGUGGAGAGGACGAUCAAGAAAGCUUAGUGUCGUACCGCAGUACACAGAGCCGCAAGCGCUCAGAGUCUCGUCAGAGUUUGCUGGCGGAUGAGGAUCUGGGAAACCAUCGAGGCUCUAGCUCCCGGUCUCGCCGCGACAGUCAGACAUCACAGCAUGGGGACAGACACCGACAUGCCGACGCUUCUAACGGGGGCCGAAGGCGCAGUCAGAUUUCUGUCUAUGAUGAGGGUUACAAUGGUCCAGGAGCUGUCCCUGACGCCCGUCUGGAAAACAGCUCUCUCAGACAUCGCGUUCAAUCUUCGGAUCGUCAUAAUAAAGACCACAGCGAGCAUACUCGACGACGUAAUGGGAACAAUCAUUCCCCUACACACCAGAGAAGACACCACAGCCAAGCUCGCUCUGAAAUAUCAUCGGACUACCGGAGGUCUUCUGUUGCGUCUGCCUCAGAACACAACUACUCCCGUGCUUCCAUGCCUUCGGGUCAACCUCGUUCCUCUUCCCCGAAGGAAGAACAUGAAGCCGUGACAAUUUCUUUCAGCAAGCCUGACAUCAACCUCAGUCGCCGCUCUUCUUCCUCCCGUUCCAACCAUGACACGGGAUUUGCUUCCUCUUCGUCCUCUCCCCGUCGGGACGAUUCACAGUCACGCUUUUCUGAUAUCUCCCCAUCUCGCUAUGGUGAGGAUGAUGGUCACAGGUCACGGCAUGAAGAAUCUGGGCGUCGACAUAGGGCUAAGAUGAUCAGCAACAGUAGUUUAGACGUACCUGGACACGUUCUACGCAAAGACUUAUCCCUGUCCUCUAGCGGGCGGGGGGAUUCGAGUUUCGAGGAAAAUUGCACAGAAAACAUUCCGGUAUGCGAAAUCAAAAAGGGCAGUGAGUAUCGCUAUAGUAAAAACUCUACAUUACCGAGAGAAUCUUCCGGAAACAGACGGUCUCGACAAGACAGUGAGACUAGCCAAAUGACUAAAUUGACUUCUUGUGAUGAUAAUCGACAUGACGGCAAGAAGCCCACUGAAAACCUCGUUAGAUCCAAGCAAAUCAGCCCAUCUACCACAGACAUAUCCAAAGAACAACGCGAAUCUCCAAAUGCUUUAUCGCGAGUAGAUGUCUCUGAGUCGGCCAGCUCGUCUUCCACUCUGAGGGGAGCAACUGGAAAUUUCGCCUCCAAGGCUUCCAUUGCGGGGAGCAUCUCUUCCCUUCUAGGCAGAGCCACCAAGGAUCAAACAGGCCGUACCAGUACAUCCGAAGAGACACCAGUGGCCACCUCCGUAGCUGACAAGUGGAGGCGACUCAAACAAGGGAUCAUUCCCGACUCCGGGUCCCCGUCCACCUUGUCUAGUGGCAAAGAAAGCGCUGCUUCUAUCAUAUCUGCGGCUGCAGCUCGGCUCAUGAGCUCGAUGCCGCCUAUAGUUCAAAACACAUUCCCCAGGAGAAUGUCUCAAACAAAUGGAGCUUCGAUGGGAGAGAAGACUACACCUGGGAAGAUAUCUGAACCCAGUACAUCUCCAAGAAAUGAAAGCAAUACUUUGCCAAAGAAUGAGAUUAAACCUUCCAUGACCACAAGUGACAGAUUAUCAAACAUAAAGAACGACGCAACAUCGUCUCAGGCCAGCCUGGCGACCUCAGUGCAGCAACCGAAGAGUUCCCAGAGACCAAGCGUCAUCUCGACGCUGUCCAAUCACAACAAGAGAGCUGAUGCCUACGCCGUAAUGACUGAGGAGAAAGACAGUCCAGAAUCAGAAGAGAGCGGCGAAAUGACGCCUCCACCCUUGGACACCGAGAUGAAGCGGAGGAGUAAAGAAGUGGACGCUGAGCUCACGUCCUUCCUCCCUGCUGAAAUGUCCAAGAGGGAGGAGAAGUUCCACGACGCAGCCAGGGUCAACGACGCGGCAGCCCUGAGAACUUUACUCAAAGAGAGGGUCAACGUCAACUGUCGGAACAGCUUGGACAGAACCGCUCUUCACUGGGCUGCCGCGAACGGGAACCUGGACGCUGUAGAAGUGCUGAUAGAAGCCAAGACAGAUCUCGAAGCCAAGGACAAGUACGGCAUGCGCGCCAUCUUGUGGUCUGCCUGGUUCGGUCACAUCCCUGUGUUACGGGCUCUGGUCAAUGCCGGAGCCAGCACCAGAGUCGCCAACAAGCAAGGGCUGGGCGUGCUUCACUGUGCAGCAGAAAACAAUCACGUGGCUGUCAUCUCUUUCAUUUUCGAGGCCUUAGAACCACACGACGUGAACCUGCGAGAUAAGAACGAGCGGACGCCAUUACACGCCGCUGCUGAAGGUGGGCAUGCUGAAGCCGUCAACAGACUACUGCAGGCCAAGGCGGACCUGCACAAGAAAGACAAGGGCGGCAUGACAGCAGUUCAUCUGGCCUCUAAGCAGGGUCACAUCGACGCUCUCAAAGCAUUGCUUUUACAAGGAGUCGAGGUGGAUGACAGAGAUGUGGUAAGUUCUCUCUGUCACAUACUUAUAAAACUGUUACUUGAUAAUUUCCAGAAAGAAGUAACCCCCCUCCACCUUGCAGCCCAAGAAGGGCAUGUGGACGUCUGCAAAAGUUUAGUCAAGUAUGGAUGCAACGUCAAUGCUCAAAAUUUUCAGGGAAAUACAGCUUUGCAUUUAGCAGCCAAUGGAAAUCACAAAGAAGUUGCCAGGGUUCUUGUGGAUGCCAAAUGUGAACUGGACCUUUCAAAUAGUCGUCUUCAAACACCCCUCCAUGUUGCUGUUGAAUGUGGCCAUCUGGAUGUUGUGCAGAUUUUGUUGGCUGGAGGUGCUAGCAUGGACACCAGGGAAAAGUCUGGCAAAAGUGCUCUUCAGCUUGCAGCACGAGGGAACUAUGUGGCAGUUGUGGAUAUGUUGAUCAAAGCAGAGAGAUAUUAUGCCACUGCCAGGGACUAUCAUGAUAAAGAUGUGGGGUAUGUGGACCCGGAUUCCUACUUACGAAAAGCCCAGCACCCUAAUGCACCACAGAUGAAAGAUGUGUUGUGGAAAUUGGCAACAAAACAAUUAAAACCAACUGACUGGAAAAAAUUAGCUUACCACUGGCAAUUUACACCAGAACAUGUGAGAGCAAUAGAGCAAGAGUAUACAGGGACAACAAGCUAUAAAGAGCACAGUUUUCGUUUGUUGAACAUUUGGUUGCAUGGUAUUCGGAAAGAUGAAAAUGUACUGAAGCUUCUCUUUGAAGCUUUAACGGCCAUAGAAAGGAAACAGUUGGCAGAGAGCGUACGCCGGAAAGUAAAUUUGCAGUCUGAAAAACCUUGCUCACCAACAAUAUGCCUAUUGUCGUAGCAGCCACCAAGGGCCUAGAUACUUACCAGUAGACAUUUUACUUGUGAUUUUAUGAUGCAAAUGGCGAAGUUCUAGUGCCUCUGGUGCUGUUUGUCGCCCAUGCUCUAAACAGCCAUUAUCUUGUUAAGACUCAAACAGUUGCAAGCUUUACAGGAAACUUACUGCAGUUCGCCUUUUUUAGGUGUGAGAAUCUAUCAACAGUGCAAGCUUUACAUUGUGCAAAUACUUUACUUGUCCUCUUCUUGUUACUUAUUAUGAGAAUGUAUGAUUGAUUGGAGUACCAGAGAACCAGAAGCAAGCGUAAAGUCUGAAAAUGUUUUUGUACAUUGAAUUUGUGAGAAGAUGUGUGCAUGAAGGCACUUGUCUUUAGUCUGAACUACUGCAUUUCGAUCUUAGUUAGCGCUUUUUUCUGAUGGAAGUGGGUGUGUCAGUACAACAAAGUAUCAAAGCAAACUGUGAGUUGUGUGGACAAGAGAAAUUUCAGAAAGGUUUCGAGAGGUGAAUGUAUAUAUCAUGUCUUUUGAAAAGCUUUGAAAAUGCACAGAUCUUGUCAAAAAUGCAUGGUGGAUCAUCUUCAUUUACCACAGCAGGGUGUAUCAACACUCGUCCAAAGUCAGGUCAUUUCAUGGUCAUCAUCCCACCGAUGGACGUUUAUUUCAACCUCGUCAUGCCAUAACACAUCAUAAGACAACAGUAAAAGAAGGAGAGGAAGUGCGUGUGUGUAUGUGAGUGUGAAUGUGUGUGUGUGUGUGUGUGGGG